AUGGGGGAGCAGCAGUUCUCGACUUCCUCGUGGCUAUGGCGUUUCACAGAUGUCUAUGACAUGCUUUGGAAGAUGGUCAUCCGGCCACCGAGGGACCUGUACUCUCCAGAUGAGCUGGGACCAGACAAGUUCCGACUAGGUAAGCACGUUUACAUCCGGCAUGACCUUGAGCUCACCAGCAGCAGAGGAGUGCUGCAAUGCAGCCACUUUCUUCCCGCAAAAGGUGUGGCAGAGGCCAGGCCGUGUGUGGUGUACCUGCACGGGAACUGCUCAUCGAGACUGGAGGCCUUUGAUGCCCUACCAGUUCUCCUGCCACUAGAUGUCUCUGUCUUCUCCAUGGAUCUUUCUGGAUCAGGAAGGUCCGACGGCGAGUACAUCUCCUUAGGGUAUCAUGAGGAGAAAGACCUCCAAACCUGCCUGGACCACCUUCGUGAGCUGCCCACGGUGACGUCCAUUGGCCUUUGGGGCAGGUCCAUGGGAGCUUCCACUUCCAUCCUGCGAGUGGCCGAGGACUCCAGCAUCGCCGCUUGUGUGCUGGACUCUGCCUUCAAGGACUUGAAGAGUGUUGCAGAGGAGCUGGUGGGCAAGGGCAGAUUUCCAUUGCCAACCUUCUUGACCGGCUGGGCCUUUGACAUGGUUCGAACCGAAGUGUCAAGCCGCGCGGGCUUUGACAUUCUAGAGUUGUCGCCGAUCUCCCGGGCGCCCAAGGCAGCCUGCGCUGCAUUCUUCGGCGUUGCCUCGGAUGACACCUUUGUAUUGCCGCAUCAUACGCAGGCGCUGCACGAUGCCUGGGGUGGACACAAGCACUUCAGAGUCUUUGAGGGAGGCCACAACGGCAUUCGACCAAUGUGGUUCCUGGAAGAAGCUGCUGACUUCCUGUCCGCUAAGCUCAAAGACAGGAGCCAGUCGGACAAUGUUCCGGACGGCUUGCCGGCAGCCACAGGCGCCCAGUCGAUCAACUCGGGGCCCGAAGACAGUGCUGAAGGUGAUGAGCUUCCAGAUGCUGGCCACUGCGCCGCCUCUUCUCAAAGAAUUUGUGAGGAGCAGCCAGACGCCAUGCCUCUUGAGGACAGCUCUAGCCUUCAAAUCAGCACAGCGGAAGGCUUCCGAGCUGCGGCGGUGAAAGCACAGGCGCAGCCGGAGUCAACGUCAAUCCCUGAAGGGCUGACCGUUUUGGAGCAGCUUACCUACCUGGGCUUUGGCCUCCGCCCAGCGGAGUGGGCAUCCAGGAGAAGUCUCACACUCGAGGAUGCGGUCAACUUGCUGAGCGGACAGGCCUCCGUGCAGCUCUGA